UAAUAAGAGUAUGGUGGAGUCGAAUCAGCAAUGAAAAGCUGUGCGGCCGUGUGUCUCAAGUGAUGGCCAAUGAAGCGAAUAAUUCCUUCACUGACAUCUUAUCAGCAGCAUUAGAUGAAUCUGGAAUCUUAGGAGACUUCGAUGACUUUGAUGAACCAUCAGUUGCAGAACCCAUCAAUAAUGUAGCAUAUCAAGAAGUUCCGAAGAACCAACCAGUCACAGUACCAGUGACAUCAUGGAAUGGGAACGCCAUUUCUCAAACUCAAGUGGGACAGUCAGCUGUGUUUUCUCAUGCUUUAAAACAACUGGCAUCUACGUCACAGGUUAUCCCUACUGUUGGGACCCUACCUAGUCAGGUUGGAAAUGUCCAUCAGAAAGUUGCCCUACAAUCUACACUGGGUAGAUCAGCCUCAUCCCCUGCAAUGAUUCGAAUACCCAAGUCCAGUAUUCAGAAUUCUGUGGCCAAUCCAAACAGCAUUCCAAUAACCAUACAGCAAGCAGCCAGUGCUGCAUCAGGAAACACAACUCCUCGUAUCAUCAAAAUAACGAGGGUUGGCGGAGCACAGGGUCCAAUAAAAAUACCCCAAAAUAGUGGCGGAAUAACCCUAGGAAGCCUGGCUGGGGGAUCCUUUGCUGGCAAAAAAAUCAUAAUCAAAAGAGCAGUGUCAGGGGCUGGUUUGCCGAACAUUGGUGGUGCUAAUGUGGGUGGACAGGGUGUUGUUGGAACAGUUCAGGGGGUUUCAAAUAUUGGGGAACUUGUCCCAGGCAAUCGCACUGGAGUGACAACCCACAUACAGCAACGGCCAUUCUCUCCCCAGCUGCAACCUGCAAAUUCUCCUAUACAGAUUGUGAGUCAGUCUGGUUCAACUGGAAGGUCACUACAGAAUGCAGUGUCAUUACUGCAGCGGAGUGGAGAUUCACUGCUCAUUCCAAGGACAUCUAGCACCAUACAAGUGCCACCUAGUGUCAAUAGUGGUAUCUCCUAUACAAAGAACAGUAUUGUUGUCAACUCUAGUGGAACAAAUGCUGUCGCAGCUGGGACCAAUAUUGCUAAUAUAAAAACUAGCUUGUCGCAUAAAGAUGUAUCUAGAAUGUGGUCCAAUGAGGAUAUCAAGAUUAAAAACUUUUCUGCACCAGUCAUAAAGAACAUGGGUGGCGGUUUUCAGCAUAGCAUAGCAGGAAUGAGUGCUCCUACUUUAUUGGAAGAUGAGGAAGUGGAGGAUGAAGUUGAGGAGCUUGGACAUGCAGAGACUUAUGCUGACUACAUGCCUAGUAAAUUGACUGUGGGUGUCAAGCAUCCUGACCCUGUAGUGGAGACAAGUUCCUUGUCCAGUGUUGAGUCUUCCGAUAUCUGGUACAAAUUGUCCCUUCCUGACUCUACCAUUGAUUAUGGAGACCUUUCUGCCUUACAGCUGGAGUCCAUUGUGUAUGCCUCACAGCGACAUGAUUUGAUCCUACCUUGUGGGGAGCGAGGUGGAUUCCUCAUAGGUGAUGGAGCUGGUGUUGGAAAAGGUCGAACUAUUGCAGGAAUCAUUUAUGAGAACUACAUCCAGGGGAGAAAAAGAGCAUUAUGGCUCAGUGUGUCAAAUGACUUGCGAGUAGAUGCUGAACGUGACUUGAGGGACAUUGGAGCAGGAAGAAUAGAGGUUCAUGCCUUAAACAAGUUCAAGUAUGCAAAGAUUUCUUCUAAAGAGAAUGGAAGUGUCAAAAAGGGUGUUAUCUUUGCUACAUAUUCCUCUCUAAUUGGGGAGAGUCAGACUGGAGGAAAAUACAAGACAAGACUAAAACAGCUGCUCAAGUGGUGUGGCAAGGACUUUGAUGGUUGUAUUAUAUUUGAUGAAUGUCACAAAGCAAAGAACCUUUGUCCUGUUGGGAGUAGUAAACCUACAAAGACGGGGCAGACAGUGCUGGAAUUACAGAAUCGUCUUCCCUUGGCUCGCAUCGUAUACGCAAGUGCUACAGGUGCUUCUGAACCAAAGAACAUGGCAUACAUGACAAGGCUUGGCCUGUGGGGACAAGGCACACCUUUCCUCGAGUUUAACGACUUCAUUCAAGCUGUGGAGCGCAGGGGUGUUGGUGCAAUGGAACUGGUUGCAAUGGACAUGAAGCUUCGUGGCAUGUACAUUGCUAGGCAACUCAGCUUCAAAGGCGUGUCUUUCAAAAUUGAAGAAAUUCCUCUAGAGAAAGAAUUUGAGGAAGUGUACAAUGAUGCUGUGAAGAUGUGGGUUGUGGCUAGAGACAGAUUCCAAAAAGCUGCAGAGCUGAUAGAUGCUGAACAGAGGAUGAAGAAGACAAUGUGGGGUCAAUUCUGGUCGGCUCAUCAACGCUUCUUUAAGUACCUGUGUAUAUCAGCAAAGGUCAAUCAUUGUGUUAAAUUGGCCAGGGACGCUGUCAGAAAUGGAAAGUGUGUUGUGAUUGGUCUCCAGUCAACAGGAGAAGCUAGAACAUUGGAACAGUUAGAGGAGAAUGGAGGAGAGCUCAAUGACUUUGUGUCUACAACAAAGGGUGUUUUCCAAACAUUAGUAGAGAAACAUUUUCCAGCGCCUGAUCGGCGAAAAACCUUUGACAUCUUUGGAAUAGGUGGAUACCCCAGAUUUCUUGAUAACAGUAAUCCGCCAACUCCAGAAAAUCGCAAUGACAGAAAAAGAAAAAAAGGCCAAAAAACUUCUAAAAGUGCAAAGAAGCAGAAGGGUAAUGGUAGCUCAAGUGGUUCUGAUGACAGUGACUCGGAUUGGUUGAGAUCAGACUCUGAUGCUAGUAGUGUAGACUUUGGGGCUGACAGCAAUUCAGAAUCUGAUGGGGACGUCGACGACUUCAACCCAUUUGGCAAUGGAUCAGAUAGUGAUGACGAUCCAUGGUUAAAAAAGAAAAACAAAGUAAGCAAUAAAAAAAAGUCGAAGAAAACAAAGAAGAAAAAGAAGAAACAGAAAGGUAUAGAUGAAGAUGAAGAAUUCGACAAACAGUUGGCAGCUGCAGGACUCAUGAAAAAGAACGUUAGUACCAAAGAAAAUAUCAACAACAUGGGCAAUAAUAACACAACCAAUAACAGCUCAAACCACCCAGUACUUGGUAUGGACAGUGUGGAAAGAGCCGUGUCAAUGAAAAGAGAACUACUAGAUACUUUGGAUGAGAUAGGAGACAAAUUACCUCCAAACUUGCUAGACCACUUAAUAGAUGAACUCGGAGGCAAAGAAAGUGUGGCAGAGAUGACCGGUAGGAAAGGACGUGUUGUGUGUACAGACGAAGGCAUCAGUUACGAGUCCAGAAGUGCCUCAGAUGUACCACUAGAAUACCUAAACCUGACAGAGAAACAAAGGUUUAUGGAUGGAGAGAAGAAUAUAGCUAUAAUUUCUGAAGCAGCUAGUUCCGGUAUCUCCCUCCAGGCCGACAGAAGGGCUAUCAAUCAAAGGAGACGUGUUCAUAUCACAUUAGAAUUGCCUUGGAGUGCCGACAGAGCAAUACAGCAGUUUGGUCGUACCCACAGAUCAAACCAAGUACACGCCCCAGAGUAUCUGUUUCUCAUCUCUGAGCUUGCAGGGGAACAGAGAUUUGCAUCUACUGUAGCAAAACGUCUUGAAAGCUUGGGUGCCCUCACUCAUGGAGACAGAAGAGCAACAGAGUCGCGGGAUCUCAGUCGGUUUAAUAUUGACAACAAGUAUGGUCGUGUUUCCCUGGAGAAUGUCAUGAAGUCAUCUUUAGGGUUUGAGAGUCCUCUAGUUGCCCCACCCUCAGAUUACCAAGGAGAUUUUAAUGCAGAUGUCAGGAAGAGUCUCAUUGGAGUUGGCAUGGUAACUGUGGAUGACAGAAUUAAUGUUCCGAUCUUGGACAAAGAUUACAACAACAUCAGCAAAUUCCUCAACAGAAUACUGGGAAUGGAGGUCGCUUUACAAAAUGCUCUAUUCAAGCAUUUCUCCCAGACCCUUAUGGCCAUUAUCCUAGAAGCCAAGAGGAAUGGACGAUGGGACAUGGGCAUUCUUGAUCUCGGUUCUGGAGGAGAAAGUGUGAAGAAGCUAGAGUCAAGAGUGUUCGUAGGAAAUACAGCCACAAACACAGCUAGGACAGAACUCACCACAUUUUCUGUGGAAAGGGGUAUGUCAUGGACAGGAGCCUCUGAAAUCUGGAGAAAAUACACAGGGUCAGAGGAUGGAUUUUAUGUCUCAACACAGGAGAGGAGUAUGAAGAAGACGGCAGUCCUAGCAGUGUACUACGGAUUGAGUAAGAAGAAGGAGAAAAUGUAUAAUGUAUACCGUCCAAACACUGGCAGACAGGUCCACACAGAGUCUCUGACAAAUCUAAAGAAAAAGUACAAGAAGGUACUGCCAGAUGUUGCUAAACCUAUUUGGGAUGACCAAUACAAUUUAUCUGCAAAAAUCUGUAGUCAUGCAUAUUGGAAGGGCAACUGUAAGAAGGUGAGCAUGGGCCUGCCAUGUGAGGUGGGACUCAGGAGUCGAACAUUCCAUGUACUUAGUGGGUCAGUUCUCAGUGUCUGGAGCAAGGUAGAAGGCGUCCUUGCUUCAAUGCCAGGGGGAGCUAACUCCAAGAUGCAGAUCAUACGUCUACGAACAGACAACGGCCAAAGAAUUGUUGGUAGCCUUAUUCCAAAUAACUGUGUCCUUCCGCUAUGCAACAUUCUGUCUCAGGACUGUAAACAGACAUUCACAGAAAAGCACCCUGUGCAUGAGGAGGACUCAUCACAUCUCAGCAUGCCUCUUCUUUUCUGACAUUAUUCCUGGAGAGUUGCAAAGAUUCGUGCAUUCUUCAUCAGUGUCUACAUCAUUUCGUCUGUACCAUUAACUGGAAAACUUUCUAAAAAGCUAGAUUCCUGUUAAGUUGGUUAUUACUGUUAAUUAAAAACUUCUUGAUAUUACAGCUUCCUUGUUCACAAAUCCAAUCUUCAACAAAGUAUUAUUUUGUGUUGCUUUUGCAUCACCCAUCCAUUUUUUUUUUUAUAUAUGUAAACAACAGAUAACAGCACCUUCCAACAUUCACUGUUUACAGUAGCAGAUUUCUAUUUCAAGAGAAAUGGAAGAAUAGUGGAUUUUAUUAGAGCUGUUAGUUUGCCUGUUGUUUAGUAUUUAAAAUAAUUGUAUUGGCACAGUACAAGGAUCUCUCUAAAGAUAGGUAUUUAAUGAAUACAGGAAAUGAUCUUUUCUGGUAUGUGUAAUAUAAUGUAUUUCCAUUGCUUGGUGUAUAGAUUUCACAGUGUGCUUGCCAUUGCAGUUAAACUGCGUUGCAUAAAGUGUUCAUUUUUAUUGUCAAUGAUGUUUGCAGUCGGGACACUGUGUGUUCAAUCUACUGUAUACCAAUUUGUUUUCUAGAUGAUGAUUUGAUGAUAACACAUCCUCGGUUGUGAUGUAAAUGCUUUUCUUAUGUGCCUCUAAUAGUUUACAAAUGUCUACAUUUGAUCUUUGGAGUGUAAAUGCAACUAUAAUUGUGCUGAAUUUCCACAGCCGCCAGAGCUACCAGUAUAUAUGCCAUUCUGCACAUUAGGAUGAGAUUUAUUUCCAAACACUUAUUGUAUGGAGCUUUUUUGUCCAGUUUUGCAAUUAAUUAGAUGAGAGGCCAACAAAAUUUUUCCAUAUUAGUGGUUAGUGGUGCAUUAUUUUGACAUUUUUGAACUCCAUACAAUAUCCAUAAAACAAAUAAUGCUUACAUACAUUGUUUUUUUUGGAUGUACAAUGCACAGGUUCUUCAGAUGGUACUGUGGUAUCGACUUAAACCCAGACACCGUUAUUGUUUUCACUAUAAUUUGGAAUCCAAUUAGCUUUACACAGGCCAGAUCAGUGAAAAUGAAUCGGUUUAACAGGUUUUUCUUACUUUUUUUAAGAAAAGUUCAAAGUGAGGAAUUAAACCAUUCCAACAAUAGAAACAGUCCUAGACAUAUUAAGUGAAGAUGAACAUACUAUUCUAUCAAACCAGGGAUGAGCUGGUAUGUAUCAGCUUCUUCACUAUCUAGUUAAUAUCAUUUGACAUGGUUUCAUGUUUCUAUGGUAACCUCUGUUUUUCAAAUCCAUACUCUUAGCGGACCAUAAUAAACUAUCAUAAAAAAAAUGGAGGAAUUUUGUUUCUAAGAUUGUGCAGCAUUUUUGUUUCAAAUGUAUGGCCUUAGGAAGCAAAUUUCAUUGUUUUUAAUAAUUGCUCAUAUUUGAUGUUUUAUUUUCUUAUGUGUAAUUUACACUAUGUUGAACUGAACCACGUAAUCUUUUUUGCAAUGUAUAGUAACUGGUAAAAAUAACCCACUUGCUGCAUCUACUAUCUUAAUAUUUGUGAUACGUAAUGAACUAUUCCAAUAUUUUGCUUGAUACUGGGUAUUUGCACAUCAUAUCCACAUUUUAGUUUGGUUUGAUUGAUCAUCUUAUAGAUUCAAUUAUAACUAGUUUAAGAUGAUAGAUGGUCUGACCUUGCCCACAAAGUUUUGUGAUGUUAGAGGUCACAGCAAUAUGAACUCAUCAAAGUCAUGGCAGGUGACCUAAAGAAAAACUAAACUAGAUUUCAUCAGAAGGUGAAAAUAAAUGUCUCUUGACACAACAUUAGAUUAGCUAGGUUAAGUUAUUAACAAAUGAGCUAAGAUUUUUGUGACAUUGAAAAUGUACUGUUAUUAUUGCUAUGUGAUCCUAUUAAUGUGUGUAAUGUGAUUCAAUGUGAGAUGAGAACAUGAUCUGUGUGACAGAGUUGUGUACUAGCUGUUCACCAGUACAACUAUGCAUGCCAUUGAAACAGUGGUCAGAUGGUCAAUUAUGAUGGUGCUUUGGUGUGCUAGUAUACACGGGAGUGUGAUGGUUGAGGAGCAAGAUUAGA